AUGAUUACAGCUUUGUUUAUAUACGAUUCUAAAGGAGAUAUUUUAAUUUCUAAGUUAUAUAAAGAUGGAGUGAAACGUAAUAUUUCUGAUGUUUUUCGUAUUCAAGUUAUUAGUCAAGCAUCGUCAACCAGAUCAAAAGAAUAUCGAUCACCUGUUUUAACUUUAGGUUCUACUUCAUUUGUUUAUAUCAAACUGGAUAAAAUUUGGAUAUGUGCAGUUACUAGAUCUAAUCAAGAUUGUUCAUUAAUUUUGGAAUUUUUAUACAAAUUUGAAGGAUUAUUACGAGUUAUUGUUGGUAGAGAUAAGAAGAAACAAAUUAAUGGUUUAACUGAUGAAUAUAUUGUCAAUAACUUUGCGGUAAUAUAUGAAAUAUUGGGUGAAGUAAUUGAAUUUGGAUAUCCUAUAAACUUAGAUUUGACUUAUUUACGAAAAUAUGUCGAUGAUAUCAAUCAUGAUGAUAGUAUUUUCAAGAUUGCUCCAUUAAAGAGAAGACCAUCAACUAAAUCACCUACUAAGAGUACAUUUGGGUUUGGGAUGCAUAAUAGCAAUAAUAGUAAUAAUAAUGGCAACAACAACAACAGCAGCGUAAAUAAGGAAGUUGAUGACGAAAGUGUGACUUGGAGAUCUUCUGGAAUCAAGUAUCGUCGUAAUGAAAUUUUCCUUAAUGUAUCUGAACAUAUCAACGUUUUGAUGAAUUCACAGGGUGAUGUAUUGAGAGGUUACAUUGAUGGAUCCAUUCAAAUGAAGACUCAUUUAUCAGGUAUGCCAUUAUGUCGAUUUGGGUUCAAUGAAAAUACAAUUCUAUUAUCUAACGAUCAACCAAGAGAUGGUGCUGUAACUUUGGAAGAUUCUAAAUUCCAUCAAUGUGUACAAUUGAAUAUUUUUGAAACAGAGAGAACAAUUCAAUUCAUACCACCAGACGGAGAAUUCAGGCUAAUGGGAUAUAAUUGUAGCCUGAAUAUCAAUAUUCCGUUCAAAGUCUAUCCUCAAGUUCAACAAGUUGGACGAAGCAAAUUGAUGUAUAAAAUAAGAGUACAAUCUUUCUAUCCAGAAAAGUUACCAGCAACAAAUGUGAUUUUAAAGAUCCCUACACCAAAGGGAGCCGUAUCAACUAAUCUUUCAUGUUCAAUAGGUAAAUCCAAAUUCCAUCAAGAAGAAAAUGUAAUUAUUUGGAAAUGUAACAAGUUUUUUGGUGAUCAGGAACAUGUUUUAACUGCUGAAGUUGAAACCAGUCUGAAUUCAGAUGAGUUAUUAUAUUGGAACAGACCACCUAUUACUUUAGAUUUCUUAUUGGAUAUGUUUUCAAGUUCCGGUUUGACGGUCAAAUUCCUUCGCGUACAAGAAAAGUCGAAUUAUAGAACUGUCAAAUGGGUCAAAUAUAGUACACAAGCUGGAUCUUAUGAGAUUAGAUAUUAA